AUGUCCCUUAAGAGUAUUGGAUCGCAGCGAGGUGGGGGCGAGGUUCUUCGCUCUGGACUCUUCAAAAAAUUAAAAACCUCGCGGAAGAAGUGGUUUGUUUUGCGUGCUGAAACUCCUGAAUCUUCCGCACGUUUGGAAUAUUAUGAUUCCGAAAAGAAAUUUAACAGCGGCCAACCUCCUAAAAGAAGUAUACCCUUGAAAACUUGCUUUAAUAUAAACAAGAGGCAGGACAUUAAACAUAAGCAUGUCAUUGCACUUUAUACAAAAGACGAUUGUUUUUGCGUGGUGUUAGAUACCGAGGAAGAAUUGGAGUCAUGGUUGAAGGCACUUUUAUCACUUCAACAUGGUGAAGAUACAACUGACGGGGAGGCACCUAGACCUACAUAUGAACACGUAUGGCAAGUUGUCAUCUUAAAUCGAGGUCUGGGAACGGGAAGAACUGGUAAUUAUCGACUAUGCCUGACGGAUAAAACGUUGUGCUUAUACAAGAAGGAUGGAAACAGUUCUGUUACCUUGAAUCUUUCAAAUAUCAGAAGUUGUGGUAGUUUGAAGAACUACUUUUUUCUAGAAAUAGGCAGAUCUAGUCAGCUAGGAGCCGGAGAACUAUGGAUGGAAUCAGAGGAUACUACAAUUGCUCAAAAUAUUCACACUACCAUUUUCCAUGCCAUGUCGACCAACAACAAACAUGAUGAAAUGCGUGUUAGGUCGUCCUCAGCUACAGAAUCCUCAAAACCAACGAAUAAUAGCUACAGGAAACAAAUUGUUUCCGGUGUUCCUAAAACCACUACUGCUCCUCCUGUUUUUACAACUCAAAGUGGGGGCGUAGGUAGUCCGGGAACAACAAUCAGCCACCAACGCACUCAAUCAUUACCCCUCACCGAUCAUCCCCCGCCUGCUGCGGUAGCACCUCUUUCGACAACUUCCACUACUACAACAAUCAGUAGUACCAUAACCGAUAAUUCCUUUCAUCCUUCUUCACGUGUACCCAUCACAACUACCACCACUUUCAAUGUCAAUAAGGGCAGAUCCAAUCAGGCUACGAAAUGUCGGGAAAGAUGCGACAGUAUGCCAUCGAGACCGCGCACCACGAGCGAAGGUAAUCAUCAACUAACGUCGUGGAGACCAUAUCUAGCUCCUUAUCGCUCUCAUGGAAGGGAUAUCUCCCAUAGUCCUCCCUCGGGUAGUCCUAUAAGUCCCCCAAGCGUAGGCUGUUCCACAGACUCGGCUGGAUCUUCCUAUAGUUUGACUGAUGAGGCUGACAUGUACGGCGAAUGUCCAGAUAUUGGAAGAUACAAUAGCAUUCCACUUACUCCUGAUGAAGCCAUAGUCGAGGAAGAUUGUUCAGAAGGUCAAUGCGGUAUGUACGAAAGUUACGUUCCCAUGACAGUUCAAAGUUCUGACGACGGUUAUGUGGAUAUGGUACCACGUUACCGGCAUGAGAUCCAUUCUCCUACUGCAAGUGUCAGUAGUGUAGUAUCUGGUACACCAUCUACCGAUAUUCGCUUUUCUGACUAUCCACUCGAUAAAGUUGCAUCCUAUCUCACUUCCGAAGAAGACGGAACUCGAACUGCCAGGGCCUAUUCCUGCGGAUCCAAACCGGAAACGCUUAAAGGGAAGAAACACGCUGAAAUAUCAGAUAGUGCCAGAGUUAGAGCUUUUAGUGUUGGUUCUAAGACUAAGAAAGGGCCUAGCAGGAUUUUAUCGCAUCAGCAUCACGCUAGUCUUAAGUCCAUUAGUGCGCCGAUUUUAAGCAACUCGAGGAGUCAAAGCUCCCAUAGCUCUAAUGAUCCCAUGGACGAUCUAAUGGAAAUGGAUUUCUCUAAAGCUUCCAACAAUAACAAUUCAGGUACUAUAGAUUCGGGCAACACAACUAGCACUACAAACAACGGUUAUGUAGAAAUGAAACCUGGCGUUGAAAUUGCCCCAUCUCACCAGUCAGAAGUUUCACCAUAUGUUGAUAUGUCGGGAUCUUCUUACAUGGAUAUGAGUGGUAGUUCUCCUUCCUCAAGACAUGAAGACGAAUGUAGUUCAUUCGUAGAUAUUAACCGACAGUAUCGACUGCCAGCAAAUAACAAUUACGUUGACAUGGAUGCGAGGAAAAAUAGAGCUAAACCAUCAACGUCACCAGCUUGGAGUGCUGAUUAUUUCGAUAUGUCAGGAGGAACGAAUCAUUCUCGUCGAUCUGAGCGUGGUUCCUCGUUUUCUUCACAACUAUCGACAUCCUCGUCACCUAGAAAUAAUGAUUAUCUCUCAAUGAAUUUCUCGCCCCAAGAUCAUCCUAAAACUCCUGAAGGGUAUGUAGAAAUGAGUAUUGGUAAGAGACAUCAGCGCCAGGGAAGUUUGGACGGAAAUCAAAUGAACGAUGAAUAUUUAAAUAUGUCCAUUGGGCCAAAGAAAAAAGUUACAAAAAAUCAGAUGGUGAUGUCGUCGCCGAUAUCAAUACACCCAACUACGACGUCACAAGCUACUAAACAUUCAUCAAGUCCCAUCUCAAUAUCAUCGUUGCUAAGCAGAAAAUCUUCCACUGGUACGUCUCCCAAAAUGCAUCUCCCUAUAUCAUCUUGGUCUUCUUCGUUACCGCGUAACAGAUGUAGAAAAGAUUCAAAAGAUAGUUCCAGUUCAAGCGUUACCACUCCAAGUAGCUCGAGUAUCAUUUUUCCGAUGAGUCCUAGUUCCCCUCUUAAGGUAAUCAAACCGGAAACGCCGCCUCCAAAACCAUCGUCAUCCAUUUUAAGCUCAUUCUAUAAAACAAGUACAAAACCGGCGUCAUCCGACGAUUAUGCUAUCAUGGAUUUUGACAGCGGUCGUAACGAAAGAGACAAAGAAAACUCUGAUUACGUCAACUAUGCACCAGCAGUGUCCAGCAAAAUUGAUUCUAAUCCUAAGAAAGGAUCUUUAUAUUCAUCAAGCGACUAUGCGUUGAUGCAACCUUCCACCAGAACAGCUGAGGUCACUGAUAGACGAGAGAGCCUUGAUACAUCACCAUUGAUCGGUCAUCUUUCCUUGAUCGGCAUUAAGGAAAGUCAGUCAAUGUGCUUUCAACCCAUUAAAGAAGAUUCUGGAUCUUCACCUGUGAACAAAGGUGGAAGAAAAAUGGAUGAUUCUUCAGACUACAUGGAGUUAUCCCUUUCAGCCUCUAGCAGCGAGUGCGUCUCUCCUGCCGCAAAAAUUUCACGUCCAAAUUCCGUGAACAGCGAGUCAGCCGUCAAAUCGAAUUUUUUAACCCGCGGCAAUUCUGAUAAAUCGCGUCCUCCCUCUGUUUCUUCGGACACUUCGCGUAGUGCCACAUCUCGACCAAGCUCCACAUCUAGCGAACUUUGGUCGUCGUCUUCAACUCUAGUCAAUUCGCGUCCCGAAUCCGUAAACUCAGAUCGAAUCGAAGGUAACUGGACAAACAAUCCUUCACAAAAGGACGCUAAACCAGAAGAAAAGACAGAAAAAAAUAAACUGCAUUACGCUAGUUUGGAUCUGACAACGCAAGAGGAAGAAAAUAGAAGUCCUAGAAAUACCAAGGGAUCCCAAUGUUCGGAAGAAGCUUCUUCUAGUGUUCAGGGGGAACCCACUUUCGUUUAUGCUGAAAUCGAUUUUGUAAAAAGCGAAGGAUUAAAGCAGAAUAGCAACAGCAACCAAAGCUUAGGGAAUAAUAAUACAAAAGUUAAGAAUUAG